AAAAAGUGAAACGUACCAAGAGAACUAUUUAGAGUUCACACAAGUUCCGGAAGAUAGUUGUGUACAUCAGUGUAUAUUAGUAUAAAUAUAUUUCUUUUAUUACACAAUGAGGUCGCUGACAUUGUAUAUCGUGUUAGCAGGAUGUAUUGCACUUGCAAUGACUCAUUCUUAUCACCUUGGUACUUGUCCAAUUGUCGAACCAAUGUCCGGCUUUCAAAUGAAUAAGUUUCUUGGAGAAUGGUAUGUGAUCCAAAAAACUUCAACAGCUAGUAAAUGUAUUAGUUAUAAUUAUACACGUGGGGAAGAGCCAGGCGAAUAUAUUAUCACGCAAGAUUCUGAUAUACCAAUUUUAGGUCUUACGUCGCUGAAACAUGAAUAUCAUUACACGGGUACGUUGACCGUCCCGUAUCCUAGUGUGCCCGCCCAUAUGUCUGUUCGCUUUCCUCUUAGCGUAGCUGGGACCGCGUUACAUGUAAUCUUUGGUACAGAUUAUGAUAAUUAUGCGGGUAUCUUUACUUGCCAGAAGCUUGCCUUCGCCCAUCGACAAUCUGCGACAAUUUUGUCACGUAAACGUGAUCUCGAUAAAGCUUAUGUAGACAAUAUUCGCCAAACCCUCGCUAGUUUCGGUGUUGAUCCUUUUGAGCUGAGUAUAAUCAGCCAAAGUAAUUGCCCGCGCGGUAAUAAUAGUUUUGACUUUAAUAUCGAUCCGCAUACCUUUACAGUUGAUAAUUUUGGUCACGCAAUGCGUAAAGCAGGAGAGAAGAUCGGUGACGGCGUUGAAUGGAUCGGUGGUCAAAGUAGUAAAGUAUAUUAUAAAAUCACUAGCGGUGAAAUCAAGAAGGCCGAGAAACCUGAACUACCUACGAACGUCACACCUCUUUUGAAGACUCCAAAGUUUGAGAACAACGAAAUUGAGUCGAUAUUCUGAAAACGUUCAUUUUGCUUUUCAUUACUUUAUUAUAAAUAAUACUGCAAUGUACUAAAAAGGUUUUCAU